UUACGUCAUCAACAGGCGACGGGUUAGCUUCCAUAGCUCAACAUCACCAAAACGUUUGCUUCGUUGGAAUAUACGAAGAAAGUAAGUGUGACCUGUUUGGGUGACUUGCUCUUCCUUUUGGGACAACUUCUUCUGUUCUGCUGGUGAUGAAUCCAAUAAUUAGACGGAGACUUCCUCCGUCUGUCAGGAGUCUUCUGACAGACCUCAGUCCGAAGCAGCUGUGGACUGACACAGAGCCUGACACACAGCCUGACACCGUGACCACAGAUGGGAUUCAUCUCCCCUCUAGAGGAACUGCUUUACAAGAGGAGUUCCUCACUCCAGCAAAGACACAAGACGAAGAGGCUCCAGCAAACGAUGUUAAAGCAGGGACGAGUGCGGUCUGCGUGUUGUGUAAAUGUAAGACCUCUUGUUACACCUGCCCUCGGUGCAGCGUACAUUACUGCAGCCUGGCUUGCUACCAGAGCCCGGAUCACUCUGUGUGCUCUGAGGAGUUUUACAAGGAGUCUGUUCUCCGGGAGCUGAAGGAUAUGGGGAAAACGGAAAGUGAGGGGAGAAAGAAAAUGCAGGAUGUUCUUGUUGGGCUCAGACAAAAAGCGGAGGGGACCGAUGGGGGAAUGGAAACUCUGUUAAAAGAAGCAGGUGUUGUGUCACGUGACGGAGAGGUAAUGGAGAAAGUACAGGUGGUGGAGCUACUGUCCAGGUUAGCAGAGCUUCAGCAGUCCGGAGUAGGGAGUGAAGCAGAGAUCGAGGCUAUUUUGAGGAAACUUGAAGAGAUCGGUGGAGGGGACGUGCCGCCUGAACACGUCGAUAAGGACACCGUCGAUGCAGAGGGUGAGCUGGAAUUGGCCGAUCGACUCUCGGGGCUUGAUAUUGACAAACUGUCAGAGGAGGAACUCUGGGAACUUCUCGACAGUAAAGAUAAAGAGACUUUUACGGGAAUGAUGAAGAGUGGAGCGUUCGGUGGGCUUGUCCCCUUGUGGGUCCCUUGGUGGGAGGAGCAUGAAGAGGGAGCGAGGGCCCUGGUGGAGGAGCUAGAGCUUGACGAGGGAGGGAGUAAACCGAACACGGAGCACGCAGCAGCUGCGGCUCUGCUAGACGGUGAUGUUGAGGCGCAAAAAAAAGUGGUUCAGAACGGGGACGCAACUGCUUCGAAGUUGCAAAAAAUUAAAGGAGAAAAAGGAAAAGAAACAAGCAAGGACAAGAGAGGUUCAGCAGUUCCUUACGUCCCUCCAAUUUCUGCAAAAAUACCAAAGUUGAGCUCCUUAUGUGCAAAUCCAUCUCCCCUGGUGUGCUACGGUUUGGUCAAUGCACUAUACGGCUACACCUUCACACUGUGCCUGUUCAACAAUGACACUGAUUCACUGAUGUUUGAGAUCUGUGACAUGAUUCUUGCUCUGUCAGAGGCCCUGAACUCCAACAGGGUGUUUAACUCGGUCCGCGAGGCUUUAGAAUGUGGAGAAACUCUCAUUUUGGACGGAGGUUACCUAGACAAGGAGGAUCCUAUUGCCCCAACCAGGGCAGUGGAAGCGGUCGCCCACAUCAUGACCGGCAGAGGCAGGAAAGACGCCACAGGAUACUGCCUGGCAGCCUUGAGUCAGCUUCGCUCAGUGCUCUCGCGGGCUAGAAGUACGCUGUCCAAAGAGGGAGCUGACGGGGAAAGGAGACAGAAGUACUUCCUUUCGAGCAAGAAGUGUGAAUUCUUUCAGGCCUGGGUGUCGGACAACGAACGCAGGACUCGUACGCUCGCCAUCGAGUUGUGGAAUGAACACGGUAGAAGAGAGAGUGUCCGGAGCAGCAUGGAGAAAGCAAAGACUGUAGUGGAGCAGAACUUGAAGAAGAGGAAAAGCAAAGGGAAGCAUAGCUUAAUCGAAGAACUGAGAUGAUUAUUUCUUAACACUGUUGUUUGUAGAAGUUCAUGAUGUAAUAAAAAUACAUUUGUUUACCCAAA